CCCAACUGAGAACUGACCACCCCCUCUCCGAAGAGAAAACUCUUCAGUCUCCUACUUAGGGUUUUAGUGAUUAGUUCAAUUAGCUUCAAAAAUGGCGUCCAAAACCUUAAUUCGGACGGGAUCUUCUCUGGUGAACCGAUUAUUGAACAAGCCAGUCCUUCCCCUGGUCCUGAAGACGCACUCGAAUUCUCCUAUUUCAACCCAUGACUUUGAUAUUACUCCCAAGCUGUUCCCGUCGCUAUCUAAUUUCCACUCACCACUCCAUUUGCAGCAAAACGACGCCGAAUCGAUAAGGAAUGUUUACAAUGAGGGUUUUCUGUACCCUUGUGGUAUUCCUUCUCUCCGCUUCUUUCUACCCGACGGAGAUGAUUCUUUGUCAAAAGAGCCAAUGCUCUUAUUUCCCAAGCGGACAUUCCAACCUAGCACCAUCCGGCGAAAGAGAAAGCAUGGAUUCUUUUCUCGCAAGGCGACCAAGGGUGGACGGAGAGUCAUUGCUAGAAGAAUUGCAAAAGGCAGAGCAAGAAUUACAGCUUAGCAUAUGUGUUAGCUUGGACUGGUUUGCCUUAAGAUAUCAAGUUUAGAUGCCUGUCUUUUGAAAAUGAAGACAAAGCUCUGUUUCUUGUUGUGUUUUACAGUACCGGUAAAAUCCUUAAUGGGAUUUGAAUACAGUUAUUAGAUCAUUUUGUGUUAGCAAUUUUGAAGUAAUCUUUAAAUUUUGAAAUUUUGAUUUAA